GCUUCUAUCCUUUAUUAUGAUAUCUAUGGUUGACAAUAUUUCCCGACACGUGAAUAUGUCUCUGUGAAGUUCUGUAAUUUGUAUCCAAUUAGAGUUUGGGCGAUUAACGUAUACGAAACCAUGGGGAAGCCAAAGAAGAAGAGUGACCUCAGUCGAGCUGAACUAAUGAUGAUAACAAUCGCCGAUGUCAUCAAACAGCUGGUUGAAGCUCACGAAGAGGGAAAAGACAUCAACCUUAACAAAGUAAAAACAAAGACUUCUGCCAAAUACGGCCUGGAGUUCCAGCCUCGUUUGGUAGAUAUUAUAGCUGCUGUUCCUCCACAAUACCGCCGUGCUCUGGUACCCAAGCUAAAGGCCAAACCAAUUCGCACUGCCAGUGGGAUUGCAGUGGUCGCUGUGAUGUGCAAACCACAUCGAUGUCCCCACAUCAGUUUCACCGGCAACAUAUGUGUAUACUGCCCUGGGGGUCCGGACUCAGACUUUGAAUACUCCACGCAAUCUUACACUGGCUAUGAACCAACAUCAAUGAGAGCCAUCCGAGCUCGAUACGAUCCUUUCCUUCAAACCAGGCACCGUGUGGAGCAGCUAAAGCAGCUCGGCCACAGUGUUGACAAGGUGGAAUUCAUUGUGAUGGGUGGGACCUUUAUGGCGCUGUCCGAAGACUACAGAGAUUACUUCAUUCGGAAUCUCCACGAUGCUUUGUCAGGACAUACUUCAAACAACGUAGCAGAGGCUGUAAGGUACUCUGAGCGCAGUAACACCAAAUGUGUAGGAAUCACUAUUGAGACGCGUCCUGAUUACUGCUUGAAGAGACAUCUGAGUGACAUGCUGGGCUACGGCUGCACACGACUGGAGAUCGGUGUCCAGAGUGUGUAUGAAGACGUGGCUAGAGACACGAACAGAGGCCAUACAGUUCGAGCCGUGUGCGAGUCUUUCCACCUUGCGAAAGAUGCUGGAUUUAAAGUGGUGGCCCACAUGAUGCCAGACCUGCCAAAUGUCGGGAUCGAGAGAGAUGUGGAACAGUUUAUUGAGUUUUUUGAAAAUCCAGCAUUCAGGCCGGAUGGUUUAAAGCUAUACCCAACUCUGGUUAUCCGGGGCACGGGCCUAUAUGAGCUAUGGAAGACUGGUCGCUACAAGAGCUACACACCCAGUACCCUGGUCGACCUGGUGGCCCGCAUUCUGGCACUGGUGCCACCCUGGACACGGGUUUAUCGUGUGCAGAGGGACAUCCCCAUGCCAUUGGUGAGCUCAGGAGUGGAGCACGGAAACCUACGUGAGCUGGCACUUGCAAGGAUGAAGGACAUGGGCACUGAGUGUCGAGAUGUGAGAACCAGAGAAGUGGGCAUUCAGGAGAUCCACCACAAAGUUCGGCCUUAUCAGGUGGAGUUAGUGCGGAGGGACUACGUGGCCAACGGUAGCUGGGAGACCUUCCUCUCCUACGAGGAUCCUGAGCAGGACAUCCUGAUCGGACUUCUGCGUCUACGUCGCUGCUCUCCGCAGUCAUUCCGCCCGGAGCUGAAAGGGGGCGUGUCCAUCGUCCGUGAGCUGCACGUAUACGGCAGCGUGGUCCCCGUCAGCAGCCGGGACCCCAGCAAGUUCCAACAUCAGGGAUUUGGGAUGAUGUUGAUGGAAGAAGCGGAGAGAAUUGCUGCCGAAGAACAUGGCUCCGACAAAUUGGCGGUCAUCUCAGGUGUAGGAACAAGGAACUACUACAGGAAGAUGGGCUAUGAGUUGGAAGGACCUUACAUGGUUAAACAUUUACAUGGACCCCAAAUGGAUUAACCUGGAAAUUCUUCAAUGGCUUAAUCAGCAUAAAUGAGAAUAUUUUUUGACUUUUGAAGAUGAUUUUCCCAAGUUUUUUUAAGCUUUAUUUCAUCUAGAAUUCUGGAAAUGUCAGAAUUUGCUUGGUUCAAUAAAAGUCGUAGCAUUAUUUGGAUGACUUAGUGGCUGGUGACAGGAUUUGGCAUCUGCCUGGGUAAAUAGCAUUUACUAAAUUCAGAUAUACCCUUAAAACACGAAUAAAACAUACUUGCCUAAACAAUUUAUGCAUUUCUUUAGUGUAAAAUAUUAGUGAUUGAACAAAAAUUUCGCGGCUGAAGGUUUUAGUAUUUUAAAGUAUUUACCGUAUUGGCCCGAAUAUGACUGUGUUUUUUGCAUUGAAAUAAGACUGAAAAAGAGGGGGUCGUCUUAUAUUCACGGUCUAGACAUCAUACCCAUUCACGACGCUAGAUGGCGCCAGAUCUCAUUGAAGCGAUGUUCUGUCAUGACACAUAUCAGCUACUCUCAAGUUUAACCAGGUUGCG